AUGGAUCGAUUGAUGUUGAAUAAAUAUUUCAAUUGGAUUAAACAACGAUGGCGUUUAUUAUUAGUUUUCCUAACGCCAUUAAUUCUUCUUCCAAUUCCACUGGUUGGCAAUUCAUCCCAAGCGCGAUGUGGUUAUAUCGUUCUCAUCUUGACCAUCUUCUGGAUAUUCGAAGCGAUACCGUUACCAGUUACAUCGCUCUUACCACUCGCGCUUUUCCCAAUGGCAGGUAUUUUAUCCGCAGAUAAAGUAGCACCUCAUUACUUCGAAGAUAUAAUUACACUCUUCUUUGGAAGUAUGGCUAUUGCUUAUGCUGUUGAGUCAGUUAAUCUUCAUCGAAGAAUAGCUUUAUUUGUGUUGAGUCUUGUUGGCACUUCAACAAAAUGGUCAAUGGCGGGUAUAAUGGGUGUGACUGCUUUUUUGUCGAUGUGGAUUAAUAAUGCAGCAGCAACAUCUAUUAUGUUACCUGUUGUGCUAGCGAUUACACGUGAACUUGAAAACCAUCAGAAGGGUUUUCAUGAAAAACGAAACGCACUCAAAAUAGCCACAUCUGCAGCCAAUGAAGUGUUGGAUUUAACCCAGUCUGAACUGAAUCACGAACAGCGUCCGGAAGUUAUUCUGAAUACAUUGCAUAUUGAAGAGCCUAAACUAACAGAAUCUGGAAUGAUCAAGAAACGUUUUCGAUUGCCAUGGAAAAAGAGCAAUAGUUUAAUACCUACAACUGCCCAAGAGACAAAAUAUGAAAAUGCUAAAAAGGGUUUUCUUUUGUCUGUUGCGUAUUCAGCCACUAUUGGUGGUUUAUCAAGUUUAGUCGGAACAGCACCAAAUAUUUUUGUCAAAGGCUUUGCUGAUAAUCAUUACAAGAACAGUGCCUUUCGGAUAAAUUUUCUUAAUUUUCUACUUUUUGCUCUGCCAGUUGCACUGUUAAUGCUUGUUCUCUGCUGGCUAUGGUUACAAAUUCAAUACAAUGCUAAAGAAUUAUUUCAAUGCCGAGUGGAUCCCGAAUCUCAAUCUAUCCAAGCUGAUUUGAAAGCAAUGUUAGUGAAACAAUAUCAAGAUCUUGGAAGACCCAAGUGGAAUGAAAUAACUGUAGCAGUUGUAUUUAUUUUCAUGAUAAUUCUCUGGGUUACCAAAGAUUUUUCUGGUACGCCAGGAUGGGAUGUUAUUUUUCGUCGGAAAUAUAUCAGCGAUGGAACGGUGGCCAUACUUUGUGGCAUACUUCCAAUGAUUUUACCAAAUGCUAAUCCACUGCAAAAAGAGUGGUCGUAUCACCCAAUUGUUCGCUGGAAUGAUCUGGCGAAAAACAUGCCAUGGGGUGCAUUGAUAUUACUCGGUGCUGGUCUUGUUGUGGCAGAUGCUUUUCAAGUUUCGAAAUUAUCCCAAAGUGUGGCAAGGGCACUCAGCUUUCUAAGUGGAAUUCCACGUUCAGCUGUUAUCCUCUUGAUUAUUAUCAUCAGCGGACUUUUUACUGAAGUAACCUCGAAUUUAAGUACAGCAAGUAUAUUCUUUCCUGUGUUGGACUCCGUCGGACGUUCGUCUGGUAUUCAUCCUGCGUUUCUCAUUCUUCCUUCCACAUUAGCAGUCUCCCUAGCGUUUAUGUUACCUAUAGCAACACCGCCCAAUGCCAUUGUUUUUGCCAGUGGAGCUAUUCGUGUUAUUGAUAUGAUAAAGAGCGGUAUUGUGAUGAAUAUAAUCGGCUUUCUAGUCAUUUUCUUUGCUGCAACCACGUGGAUGCCGAAAAUCUUCGGUCUCAGUGAUCGAGCAACAGAAAUAUUCUUUCAUCUUAACACAACGGCAAACAGUCAAAGAUUAUACAAUACAACAGGAUGA